UAACUAUAGACUCUGCGAUAUUAGAGUUAAAGCCAUUCACACAAAAUACCUCUGCGAAGACAGUCGCGUCAAACGAAAUAAGGGACGAUGACAAAAUUAUUAUUUUUUGUUGGUUUGUGUAUGUGCUUUAAGGGGACUCUGCAACUAGUGCCCUUGCCGGACUUCAUCCAUCCAUGUGCAGAGCUAACUGACGAAUGCUUUACCAAGGCAACCAUAGAUGCAAUACCAGGUGUGGUCAAAGGUAUUCCAGAAGCGGGGAUUCCACCCUUGGACCCGCUAUACUUGGAUAAGAAUAUUACCAUGGAUCUCCCAGGAAACGUCAAGAUGACAUUUCACAAUGGAAAGCUGUCUGGAUUGAGUACUUGUCAUCCAGAUAAAGUAUCAUCUCGCCGUGAAAAGAGAACAUUUUUCUUCGAUAUGCACUGUAACUUCACGAUCAGAGGACAAUACAGCAUCGAUGGAAGAAUAUUACUUUUCAAUCUUAACACCGACGGAGAUGCGAAAAUUAAAAUUUGGAAUCAGCGAGUGCGUUUGGAGGUUUACGAAAAGGUUGUCAAGGAAAAAGAUGAAGAAUGGCACUACAAAAUAAACUCGUACAAAUAUAAGGCUGAUUUCGGAACGGAUUUAAAACUAAACCUUACUAAUCUAUUUAGAGGCAGCCGAGAAAUUAGUGCAAACAUUCUUGAAGUUCUAAAUGAGAAUUCCCAACUGGUGGCUCAAGAAUUCGGAGGCCCUAUUCUGGACUACGCCAUAGAUUAUGCAAUGAACGUGACACAACGCUUCUUUAGCACGUACACAUACAACCAACUCAGCCAUGUACCACUAUCAGAUGAAUUCUUCGAGAAGAGUUAAAUAUAAUUAAAAUAAUUUAGUAUUACGGGUAAAAAUAAGGAAGAUUCUUUUUAACUUUUAUAAGGUUUGAAAUCGGGGUAGGUAAAGCGAAAAAAAGCGUAAUUUAGCAAUUUUACAAGAAUGUUGCGUCGCCUUUAAGUGGUAGCUCAAAAUGUCAACCCAGUUAUGUUAUAUAUUGCAAAAAAAUUACAAAACCAAUAAUUAAUCGACUUUGCAACGCAACAAUAAACUCGCGUAACGGUGUCUGUCACAUUAGCAUUUUUUUCGAAUGUGGAUUAUAUAUAUAAUAUUUAUAAAGUAGAAAUGUGACAAUAACAAAAUGUUAACUUAUAUAAAAAUAAAAUAAAAUACAAAGCCUUUAUUGUUGUUAACAAGUUUUACACAGAGUAGUUUCGUGUGCCUAAAAUUAAUUUACUUAUGACUACUAUCUAAAAAACACAUUUUGACUAUUAAUUAUAGUUUAACUAAUAUACUAACAAUUUUAAUAUCUAUUGAUUAUCGGCAAACGGUAGUUCGGUUACAACUUGUCUUCCGACAAAGGCCUCCUCUAAAGCUCUCCAGUCUUUUCUCAUUUUUGCAGUGCGAGUCCAUGUUGAACCCGCUAUUUUCUUAACGUCAUCCUCACAUCAGUUAGCCUGUCUUCCUCUAUGUCUCUUUCCGUCUAAAGGGUACCAUUAUGUGAUAAGUUUUGUCCAUUUUUCUUGCUUUUCUCUCAUCAUAUGCCCUGCCAACUUAUAUACCGCACUCAAAGACAAGUAUCCAAAAUCAAAGAUUUGUAACACAAGUUCAUUGUUAAACAACAAAAAAUAUUAAACAUAAUAAAACAAAUAAUUCGACGAAAAAACGUCAACAAACACAUCAGUAUUAGUUUCACGACACCAUAGUAACGUAAUGUUGCUAUGGCCAUGACCAGAGACUACAGAAAUGUUCCAGAAUAUACCCGUGUGACAUAACACAUUGCAUACAUAUGUAUGCUGAACGCAAUAUCUGACGAAACCGUUUAGCUCUUUAGCAGGUCAAAGAGUAUACAAUAUACAUGUCUAUCACUGAAGUAUUAAAGUAUUUUGUUAUA